GGGGACUCUAUGGGAUGCAGAGAUCGAACCCAGACCACUUUCUUCCAGGACUUUCUACAAGGGCCUUGCAAAGGCUCUUUUGACAUAAUCCAGGCAGGAGAAGAUGGGGACGCACUGUCUGACAUCCUGUCCUCAGGAUGUGGUGACCUUCCCCGAUGUGGCUGUGAGCUUCUCCCAGGAGGAGUGGCCGUACUUGGACGCCUCUCAGAGGAAGCUCUACAGAGAUGUGAUGCUGGAGACAUAUCAGAACCUUCGGGCAGUAGAAUGCAGACCACAUAUUCAGGACUUGACAUUUCAGCAGUUUACUUUUGGAAUGGGAUCUCCAAACAGGAGUGAGACGGGAAGCAACGAGCCCCGAUGGGAUGGGGAUGAUCCUGCGCUAUGGGACACCAUCUGGAGGGAAGCAUCCUGCCAACAUCCCGACGGGAGUGAGGAAUCAGGAGGCAUCAGUUCUGGAGGGGGGCAGAGUGAAGAGAGUAUCUUCACUACAAAGCCACCAUCCACUAGGCACAGUACUCCUGAAUCUGCUCUGCCCAGUACCUGGACAAGAACCCUCGCUAUAGGGCCACAUUUGGUUGAGCAAACAGCAGUGUUUGUUCUGAGCACCUCAUUGUGUCAAGUUUACAAGAACAUUCCCCAUGGAGCGGAGCCACUGAAGUGUAAGCAAUGUGGGGGUUCCUUCCCAUGUGCUCAGCACUGUGAUGUGCCCUCAGGCACCCCCAGUGCACAGAAUCCUUCUGACUAUCAGCAAGUUGGACACGCUCUGGGUCAACCAUCACACUGGAGUGACCCUAAGGAAGUCUGGACAGGGACGAAACGUCAUAUUUGUAAGGAGUGUGGCAAGGCCUUCACUUAUCCCUCACGCCUUACUGUGCACAUGAAUGUUCAUACAGGAGAGAAGCCUUUUAUAUGUCAGGAGUGUGGGAAGGCGUUUGCUCGAUCCUCAAGCCUUUUUAAUCACAAGAAAAUUCAUGUUGGAGACAAGCCUUAUAAGUGUCUGAAGUGUGGAAAGGCCUUUGCUCGAUCCUCAAACUUUAAUAGACAUCGGAAAAUUCAUAGUGGAGGUAAAACUUACGCGUGUAAGCAUUGUAGAAAGGCCUCCAACCAAUCUUCAAGCAUUUAUAAAAACUGGAAUAUUCUUACUGGACAGAAACCUUAUAUAUGUAAGUGUAAAUGAAGCUGUGUGAUCUUGGACCUGGACAACUGGAGCACUUACAGAUUUAAGCCAUCCAUGAGCCAUUUUGUGGGGAAAAACUCUAUUUUAGGUGGGAGUGGGAUAUUUAUGUUUUCAGCUUAUGGGGAAAAAACAUG